UGAUAGGAGGUAGAUCCUUUCCUCGCUCAGGGCUAGGGUUCUGCCUGGCAGCUCACCGGCUGGCUGCCCCCAGAGGUCACUAAUCUCUCCCUGGGCUAUCCCAGUGGCAGCUUGCCAGGGCCCACGAGUCUAUCAGGUGACUUUGGGGCACAGGGUGGGAUAUUGUCCCAUGUCCCUGUGAUGGCACCGAGGCAAGAUCACGGGAGCCAGGUGCACUGACCUCCUUCCCAAGGGCACCUGCUGGGUCUGAGCAACUUUGUCAGGAGAUCUCAAUGGAUGUUUAUUUCUUGUCAUGGGGUUUCAAUGGGUGUUUAUUUCUAAUGCAAAUAUGACAUUGCAGUUCAGUCACCCUGUGGGAGUUUUGUGCUUUGUGGGGACAAAUAUGCUUGGGCUGUGAUACAACUCCCCUUGACUUCACCAGGCCGCUGGAUGACUAAAGUUAUUUAUAACUUGGCAGCACAGAUAUUUGAUCCCCUGGUACCAAAAAUCCAGUCUGGGGAACAAUACUUCCCCGGUAUACAUUCACUCGGUACCCUGGAAUUGUUAUGGGUGACUUGUCAAUAAAUAAUUUGUAAUUUGAAACUGGGUAAGGGGCAGACCGGAUGCUUUCAAAGUACCUUUCAUAACUUUAAAACAUAUCUUUUCCAAUCCCCAACCUCCAAAGUUUCAUCUGUCCUCAAGGAAGGCUGAAAUGGAAAUUUCCUUUCUUGCCAAAAGAUGCCAUUUUCCAUUGUUCACAUACUAUAUUUGGUUGUAAGAUUGUUCAUGAGCUGUCUGUGCAAACUGCAGGAUGGCAAGUAUCAGGGGGUAGCCGUGUUAGUCUGUAUCUACAAAAACAACAAGGAGUCUGGUGGCACCUUAAAGACUAACAAAUUUAUUUGGGCAUAAGCUUUUGUGGGUAACAACCUCACUUCUUCAGAUGCAGGAUGGCCGUUUGACCCAUGCAGUGAGUGAUAAGUUUAGAAAUUCACUCUGUGCACUACACCCAAAAGAGGCACUGGGAUGAUUGCUGUUGGGAAACACUGCACUAGCCUGGGCAGGGCAUCAGACUAGUUUAAGAAGUUGCAGGGUGGAGGACGGGAUGAAUGGAAAGCUGCAUAAUGUUGGAUGAGUGGAGAUAAAGUUGCAUGACGCCUUACUCAUCUGCUCCCAAGGCAGCACUGAAUGCAUCUUUGAUUGUGGUGGUAGUUCAUAUGUAGAGGGCUACAGACUCAGGCAGCAGCCUACUCUUUACUUGGCUCCACCACAAGAGGGCAUGAUGCCCACCUCCAUGGAUCUACAAAUCAACCUUCAAUCCCAAGGAUUAUACAGCCUUCUGGUGAAAAGGGAAAGGCGGGAAGCAAGCAGGGAAUAGGGAGCGAGAAAAGGGGAAAGAAGGUGAGGAGGAAAAAAGAUGGAAAAGAGCCAGAAUGAGUGAAUGGGCAGAGGAAAAUGGAGAGGUUGUAGUUGUGCCAGGAUAUGAUAUGGGUAAAGCAGUGUGAACGGGCACCGAAUCCAUCAAAGGGGGAUGGGGACCGUCACCAGAAAAAGUGCUGGUGUCUCCUGUGACCGCCGUUCUAGCAACACUUCGUGAUGAUGCACCUGCUACAGCUGAGCAGCAGUGGAGAAAAUGUUCUGAAGAAUAAAUUGGACGGUGCCAGUUGGAAUUAAAUUGUCUGAAAAAACCUCUGUUCACCCUAAGGCCUAUUUGACACCGAGAGAGCUUCCACAACGGCCUAAUUCUGCAAGUGAUGGGCUCGGAGAACAGUGCUUUAAAGAGCUACACACUGGAAGAGCCGCCGUAUACCUUACCAACUGGACUCACAAUUUACCCAGCUGUACUGCAAGAUGGCAAGCUUGCCUCGGUCUUUGUGUAUAAAACAGAGAAUGAAGACACAGUUAAUAAAGCUGCCAAGCACCUGAAAACCUUGCGCCACCCUUGCCUUUUGCGCUUCCUCUCUUGUACCGUGGAAACAGAUGGGAUUCACCUGGUUACAGAGCGUGUAAAGCCUUUGGAGAUGGCGCUGGAGAUGCUGUCCUCAGAUGAGAUCUGUGCAGGGAUCUAUGACUUAUUGCUAGCUCUUAUCUUCCUUCAUGACAGGGGAAACCUAACGCAUAACAACAUUUGUUUAUCAUCUGUAUUUGUAAGUGAGGAUGGGCACUGGAAACUAGGAGGAAUGGAAACAGUCUGCAACCUUAAUGAAGCCACCCCAGAGUUCCUGUGUGGUAUCAAGUCAGUGAGAGACAAGGCAGCCAUCCCUCCUGAAGAGAGGUCUGCAGAUUUCAAAAUUCUUCCUGAGAGCCACGGACAUGCCCGGGAUGCCUAUUCAUUUGGAACAAUGGUUGAAAAUCUGCUGACAUUCUUAAAUGAUCAGGUUUCAGCGGAUAUUCUCUCCAGUUUUCAACAGACCUUGCACUGUACGCUGCUGAAUCCAGAUCCGAAGUGUCGUCCACCACUGUCCAGCUUACUGUCUCAUGAGUUCUUCAGAAAUGAUUUUCUAGAAGUUGUGAACUUUCUGAAAAGUUUAACCUUAAAGACUGAGGAGGAGAAAACUGAAUUUUUCAAAUUCCUGAUGGAUAGAGUGGCCUGUUUGUCAGAGAAGCUGAUAGCUUCACGGCUGGUGCCUCUCUUACUCAAUCAGCUUGUGUUUGCUGAGCCAGUAGCUGUCAAGAGUUUCCUUCCACAUCUGCUAGGUCCAAAGAAAGAUAAAACUGGAGAAAGUGAGACCACCUGCCUGCUGUCACCAGCCCUCUUCCAGACGCACGUCACUCCUGUGUUGCUGAAGCUGUUUGAGGUCCACGAAGAGCAUGUGCGAGUGGUGCUGCUGUCUCAUAUUGACGCCUACGCAGAACUGUUCACGCAGGAAGAGUUGAAAAACAUCAUAUUGCCACAGGUGCUACUGGGCCUUCGAGAUACCAGUGACUCUAUUGUUGCAAUAACGCUGCAUGGCUUAGCGGUUCUGGUCUCUCUGCUUGGACCUGAAGUGGUUGUGGGGGGUGGAAGAACUAAGAUUUUCAAAUGCUCCGCACCGAGUUUCACUAAAACUACGGAUCUUUCGCCAGCAGACUCCCCAACUCACAUUAGCAACCAGAGAAGUCAGCUCUCCCAGCCCCUGCAGAACAACUCUUCCAGUGUGUUCCCCAAGUGCCCCAUCGCUGGAAACGUGUCCCUCAGCAGCGAGAAACAUGUGCCAAGAAAAGACUCUCAGGUGGCCUUAAAGACAGUUGAACAAGACCCUCAGCUAUCCCUGAAUGGAGAUCCUGCUGCGAUGAAUACUGUGGGAAGCAGCAGGAGCCCUUUGAAUACUUCUGAAAAGCCAACAGAGGAAUGGCCAGACUGGAGCGAGUCCGAAGAGCCCGAGACUCAGAAAAUUGUGAACGUACAGCUCCGGCCUAUGGAGCCACAUGGCAGCACUGGGCCCUAUGUUGUUGAUCAUAAUGUGGACAAGGAACCCUUGGACAACUUUGAGCCCAGCAGCCCUGCUCCUAAACUGUUCUCAGGAAACAGCCUCAAUGCUACGAGAGCUGAUGGAGUCCAAGUGCAGAGGCCACUCCCUGGUGCCCUUCAGCCGAGCAAAGAAUCCAAAAGCUUCAAACCCAGUCCUCCCCCAAUGUCCAGCCCUGUGAAUUGCUGGAGCAAUGACAGCUGGGACCACCCAGACCAGCUGAGAGAAACAGCAUUCCUGGAAAGGUCUCCCAAGUCUCCAUGGGAGUCUGGCUUAGGAGAAGAGUUCACAAUCCAAGUGAAGAGGAAACCAGGGCGAGAUCCUGAGUUGGACUGGUUUGCUGACAUGACCCCAGAUAUUAAACCAUCUGCAGCUUUCCUGAUUUUACCAGAAGUGAGGACAGACUCGGUUGUUCUUAGUCACUUAAGUGCAGUUUCCAGUGGAGAGGAUACCUCCCAGAUAGUGCAAUUUUCAUCCAAAUUUGCAGCAGCUGAAGUCAAUGAGCUCUUCAGCAAGGCUUCAACCAGCAAACGUAUGGCACGAGGCUGGGAGAACAGCUCAGUCUAAUGUGGGCUACAACAACUAUGCUGGAGCAUCAUUUCGUGUCUGACAUUCGCAGUAGCAGUUGCUUUGCUGCCUCUCCCCUAUGCAAUACAGUGAGCAAAAACUCCUGUGCUGUCCCCUCUGAAGUGCUGCUGUCCAGUGGAAAGCUGGCACAUCAAAGGAGGCAAGGGUUGUUAACAGCAGAGACAACUCUUCACCUUUUAAUGGUCAUGAGUUCAGUGCAUUUACUAGGAAGUACAAAAUACUCUUUCAUUAGUUUUUUCUCAAUGCACUCUGCUAGUCACUUAUUUUCACUGAGGUGCCCAUUAACUGGUACACACACAAAAAUGACACACAGAGCAAAGGGGCUUGAGAAUCCGGCCUUUUGCCUCUGAACAGGGGAGCUGCAAUCUGUCAUCUCACUAAUGGAUGCCUCUUCACCUUACCCGAAGCACCAGCCAAUUUAGUCACCUUGUACUCAGGAAGGGAAUAGCAGGGAAUGUUAAAUCAGAGUUGAGGCGCACUGGGAAAGUCUGUGGUGGAAACUUACACAGCAUUUGCCAUCACUGUUCCUCAUUCUAGCCAACUUUAGCAAGCAUGAAAAGGCUCGAGAAAACAAAUAUUCAGAUUCCAGUUACAGAGCAGUCUUGUGUCACUUUACUGUGGGCAAGAGCCCCUCUUCUAUCAAGCAAGACAACAGUAAAAUAAUUCAAUAAGAUACCUUGGCCAGAAAGCAAACAACUUUGUUUUUAGUUUCUUCAGAAUUAAGGCACUGAGGAACUACAUCUUCAUGCUUUGUUGUCUGUCAAAGGUUUUGAGCAAGAAAAAGUUGGUUAGUAUAUUAACGUUCAAUGCAGCCAUAAUAAAAAUGA